CUCAAUGUAUAGAUGUAAGAAGCUUUGAUAAAACAUAAUAGAUGUAAAGGUGUGAAGGAAUACAUCAUCUGACAGCCUCUUUGUGUCUGUGUUUUACUGUUGGCUCGCCCUGUCACGAUUUUGCUCUCCGGAGGUACACUGACCCAGAAAAUACAUCAGAGAUCUGGAGAAAAAAAAAGAAAUUCUCUUGCCUAAUCUAUCUGUUAGAUGUCAGAGAAAACUGUGCCUAUGAUAACAGUUUUACUGAUAGAUAAACAUCUCUGUUCUUAAAUUUACUGCUCAGAGAUAAAGCAUACAUGUAGUUCUCUGGAUUACAGCUUCGUUUUCUGAAGGCAAAUGGAAUAAGAAUUAUGGAUUAUUCGAUGAUGUAAAACUAUAGUAAAAUAAGGCAAUAGAAAAAGCCAGAAAUUUUUUAAGAAAAGAAGAAAAGACAAAUCAAUUUUCAAAGAAAAAGGUGUUCUGUGCAAUUCACAUUCUACACCCUUCAAAAGCAUACAAGAUCAGUACUGCCCACUUCAUAGAAUGAAGGCGACACAGAGCUUUCUCCAUUCAGUGUUAAACAAGCCAAACCUUUAUUAGAGAGAAGUUUAGUGACAAAGAGAAGAGCCUUCAGUUUAAACACAAAGAACAAACAGUAGAAAUUUCCUAAGUAAAUUCACAGUGUAAAGAAAUAUCAAAGAUGGAAACUUUGGUCAACAAACAGUAGUCAGAAAUCUUAUUCAAAAUUGACAUAAGAGAAUUAUUCAACAAAAUGUAAACUCAAGGUACCUUAUACCUAGAGAAGAAUUGUACAGAGUUUUAAAAGCUUGCUCUUAAGUGUACAAAUAUUUGCAUAGGAAUUUGCUCAUCAACGAUUUUCCUAAUUUGAUUUUAGUGAUAGGAAAUAAUACAUUCACCACUUCUUCAUUACGACAAUGUCUCUUUAGUAUUGAUUGCUAUUAAGAUGAAAAGCCCGCAGACACCAUGUUUCUGUAGCAUUUUUGUACAACUGGAGAACUAAAUGCAUUUGAGGAAAUACAACGAAAGUAUUCAAUUUGGAAUUAUUGGAUAUUCUUAACGAAUCUGAUGUUGUUUAAGUCUGUCGUGUAAUUAUGUCGAUAAUUAAAACAAAAGAUGUGACUUGAAUAAUACACAUCCUCCAUGAAGAUGUACUUGGUCAGAAUCAUGAGAGGAAAGACUCAUUCCUUUCUUUAUGGAGCUUUAAGUGUUUUUGUUGUUACAUUUCUUUUAAACGUCAUGGUGCUUAGGAUUAAUUUAAUAGAAUCACAGGGUACAGGACCAAAAAGUGAAAUUACGCAUGAACUAAAUAAAGAGGAAGCUUAUCUCAAUUAUAUGGCGAGAGGGCAAAGAAAACCAAAAGCCGCAAAUGAAAAUGAAUAUUUAAAGGAAUUCCUUCAACAUUCUGUGAUAAAAGAUUCAAAUUCUUUAACUCAGGAAAAAACUAUGAAUUCAUUCCAGGAUUAUAAGAGUGCUAUAAAUGACAAAAACAACGUCAUUCUUCAAACUUUAGACAGAAGAAAUGAAGAAAAAACUGUGAGCAUUAAAUCUGUGAACUAUGAAGAUGAAAAUGAUUAUGAUGAAGAUGAAUAUGAUGAUGAGGAAAAUGAGGAAAAUGAGGAUGAAAAACCUCCAAAAAAUAAAAUCUUUGAACCUGGUGAUUUUGUGAAUGUUUCAAAAAUAAUAUUUGCAAGACCUUUACUUAAAUAUCAGGAUGUUCAAAUUAAUGAAGGAUCAGAGAAAGUCGAUAAUAAUGAAGAUCUGAUCAGACAAAAUUAUCAAACAUUAUCUGGUGAACAAAUAGUUACCGAUGGGAUAUACUGGUCUGAUCUGGCCGUGAAAAUUGUUCCAAAAGGUAUGGACCAAGAUGAAGCAUUCCAAUUUGUACACAAAUCCCAGCAUGCAAGUGUAAAAUCAAUUCAUCCACCAUCUUGGAACAAGUGCGGAAGACCAAAGAAUGCUUACAUUGUAUUAGAUAAUGGAUCAUCUUUCUGUGCACGUUACAGAGAUCCACAUAAUAAGCUUGUACUAGGUGAGGUAAUGUCUUUUUACCUAUCUCGCCUCCUUGGUAUGGAUAACAUUCCAGCUGUGGUACUGGCUAUAACUAAUCAGACCUCUCGUCACUGGAGAAAUGUCAAUAUAACAUCUGUACAGUGGCAGAAUGGCAAAGUUGUUGCUCUAAUCCAGUGGACUCCUUAUAUGGAAACUGUGAAAUCCCUUGUAUCAAUACCAAACAUUCUACUGAAAACAUAUGAAAGCAGUUCUGUGAUAAACAAAAACUAUUUACGUAAUAUUACCCUAACAUUUAACGAGAUAUCUGAACUGGUGCAAUGGAGUUCCAUGAUCUUGUUUGACUAUAUCACAGGCCAUUAUGACAGAUUUGCAAGUAUGCAAGAUGGUGCUGAACAAGAACAUAGACGAGGUGUACUCUCUGAAAAAGUUCGCAAUUUACUGAAAUCCACAAAAACUAAUAAACUGUGGUUUAUAGAUAAUGAGAGUGGACUAUUUGAUGCAUAUGAUUUAAUAUACAAUACAGCUGGAAAUAGCUUUAUAAAAUACCACAGACUUAUGUUACAAACAAUGUGUGUCUUUAAAAAAUCCAUGGUCGAUUCAAUAAGUCGGCUGCAUUUAUCUGAAAAUCCUCAUUUAGUAUUAGAGGGCUUUGCGGCCCGACAUGAACCUUUCCUUGAUUAUUUUUCAAAAGAUUAUGUUUAUUCAACAUUUAAAGAAAAAUUUAAGGACCGUAUAAGUGAAGUGUACAAUUGGAUUCAGCAUUGUAAAUUAAAGAACCGGUAACACUUGCUUAACUGUAUGUGUAUUACAUGUGAGUGUGUAUUUAUAUGUGUUAAUUUGAAAGUGUGAUGUGUAUGGAGGAAAUAUGUGUUUUUGAAAAUAUGUUGUGAGAAAAAUAAAUUCCAAAUAGUGUGAGAGAUUUAUAAAGUCAUGCAAGUUUAAGUUUUCAAAGGGACUUUUAAUUGUUUUUUCAAUUUAUAAGCCCCGUUUUAGAUUAAGAGUGUGGCAGUUGAUUUUCUGGGGCAACAAGGGUAUUCAACAUCUACAAAAAAAGAAAACAAGAAGCACUGAUUGAAAUUUUUUCCUAUCGCCUGAACAUUCUUUUUCUCAUUGUUGAUGAAAUGUACUUUAAAGUUGAUCUUUUUUUCGGGAGGACAGAUAAUUGACCCUCAAAAGAGACAUCAUAUUUUUCUAAAAAAAUUUCAGUAAGAAUUAUCAUUUCUUCUCAAAAAAAAAAAAAAUCAUACAAACAGAAAGCAUAAUAUAAAAGGGAAAUAACUCUAAAAACUUUAAUGUA